CAAUGGUUGUAGUAAGUGGUAACUGGGUGAAAAAUGUUGUUACUUAUCCACCUUCCAAUGUUAUUAGUAAUGUAAUAGUAUGUGCUGAGACUAUGGAAGCCAAAGCAAUUUUAACUUGUCGCCCCAAUUCCCACCUUUUUCAGGAAAGGACUCUUACACUUGAUCAACCAAUUAAAGUAGGCAGAUCUGUUGCUAGAGUAAAACCUACUGCCAAUAAUGCUAUUUUUGAUUGUAAAGUUCUAUCUAGACACCAUGCUCUUCUUUGGUAUGAAAAUGGAAAAUUUUAUCUACAGGACACAAAAAGUAGUAAUGGGACCUUUGUAAAUAACAGUAGACUAUCCCCAGACAAUGGUAAUCAUGAACUAAGUUCUGGCGAUAUAGUGCAGUUUGGUGUAGAUGUGGUAGAAAAUAAUAGAAAAGUUACACAUGGUUGUAUAAUUGCUACAAUAAAAUUGUACUUGCCAGAUGGGAAAGAGGCUAAAGCUAGUCCUAUUAGUGAUGGGGGAACACCAGGUAUGGUACCUCUAGACGAUCUGUAUCGCCUGAAUCAUAUAAUACAAGAAGCAAAUCAGCGAGAGCAAUGUCUUGAGACCAAACUUACCGCUCUUCAGCAUGUAGUGGAAGAAACCAGAAAAUCUGCAGAAGAAAGUUGGCAGGCUUAUGUGGGAGAGGAACGCUUGCUAUCAAGAGUAUCGGCAUUAGAAAAUCAGCUGCAACAAGCUAACAAAAAUUUUGGAGAUGAUCGAUUGAGAGAAGAAUUAGCGAGGUUACAGGAGGAUAAUGAAGCAUAUCAGAUUGCAGCCAAAGAAGCACUGGAAAAACUACAUGCAGAAAGAUUGCAAGCUGUUGCUUUAGCUAUGGAGCAAGAAAGGGCAAGGAUAUCAGCUGAGCAAGAUGCAUUACUAGCUAAAGAACAAUUUGCACAUGCUCAGUUAGAAUUGGAGGAGGUAGCAAGAAAGUUGACUGAUCAACAAACUGAGACUCAUGAACAGCGGACCAAACUAGAACAAUCGAUACAAGAACUGGAGGCUAAAUUAGAAUCUGAAUCGGCCAAACUUUUAGAUCUCCAAUUAAAACUUCAUGAAAUGAAUGCGUUUUCAUUGCCUGGCUUUCAGAACAUUGGAUCUAUGGUACCAGAAACGCAAUUAGACCUCAUUUAUAACGACGAUAUAAAAUGUGAAGAAGAUAUAAUCUGUGAAAACGAGGAAACAGAAUCUCUAAUGAAUCAAUCCAAUGGUUUAGGAAGUCAUAUUAACCUAACUGUUGGGCCAGUUGAAGAAAAAUGCGAAUCCGAAAAAGUGGUAGAAAAUGAUGGAGAACCAAAUGCAGAUGAAAAAAAUUCAAAUGAUUUAAGAAAUGAACCCCAGGAGGAAGUGAAGAGGGUUACUUUUAACUUCCCUGAAGAAUCAGAUGAGGAUACAGGAAACCUUUCGGAUGAGUCAACAGAUAAAGAAGAUACUGUUGAUUCGAAAACUAUCAAAUACCAAUUUCAUGCAGCACAAAGUGAACUCAAGCGCAAAAUAGAAACUUUAGAAUCUAUAUCAAAUACUCAUAGAAAUAAAAUAGAAGAAUUGGAUAAAGCGUUAGAGACUGAACAAAAUGUUUCUAAGACUUACCUAGAAGAAAAUGAAAUUUUAAAGCAUGAAUUAGCCUUAUUAAGACAGAAAUGGAAAGAAUGUUGUAAUGAAAAUCAACAACAAAAGGACAAAUUGAUCAACAUGAAUGUCGAGUUAGAAAUUGCUUUGGGGAAAGUGAAACAAUCCAAUGAGAAACUUGAAAAAAUGCAAGAAAAUCCAGAUGAAAAACCAACAGGACCACAGCCAGCAGAACCUAAUCUACUGAAACCAUUAGUAACUUAUGAACAAUUGUCUCAACUUGAAGAAGAACUUGUUUUGAUAAAAGAACGAUUUGCACAGGUCAGCGAAGAAAAAUUAGGACUGAAACGCGACCUAACUUCACUUAAAUCCCAGUAUGAUGUCGUGUGUAAUAGUUUUUAUAAUAAAUUCUUUUGGUAUGUCAUGCCGUUGGUUGGCAUGGUUCUUUAUCUUUUGAUUAGCGCUAUGAUUUCUUGAUUUGUGGCUGUACUUUUGCUGUUUUUUUAUUUUUUCAUCGAAUAUCUUCUGAAAGCGAUCAACGCAACGUAGUAAAGGACAACAGCAAAGGCAGGAGAAUGUAUUAUAUCAACACUAAAUUUGAG